UCUGCCUAACAGAGGAUCUUUGUCUCGUCUCCGUCCUCAGUCCAGAGUGAGCCCUCGUCUGCUCCUCUUCCCGUCAGAGGAUCUGUGAUCACACUCAACAGCAGGAUGGCAUGCAGCGCGUGGAGGUCAAUGCUGUCUCAGGUGGUGUUGGGGGCCGCCAGGAGACCCGCCCUGUGUUCAGGGUCCUUCUCCAGAGGGAUGCAGACGGUCACACUGAUUCCCGGUGACGGCAUCGGACCCGAGAUAUCCUCUGCUGUCGUGAAGAUCUUUGAGGCUGCGAAGGCUCCGGUCUGCUGGGAGGAGAGGAACGUGACGGCCAUCAAAGGACCCGGAGGCCGAUGGAUGAUCCCCCCCGAUGCCAAAGAGUCCAUGGACCGCAGCAAGAUCGGGCUGAAGGGACCCCUGAAGACCCCCAUCGCCGCGGGUCACCCCUCCAUGAACCUGCUGCUGAGGAAGACCUUCGACCUCUAUGCCAACGUGCGACCCUGCAUCUCCAUCGAGGGCUACAAGACUCCGUACACCGACGUCAACCUGGUCACCAUCCGGGAGAACACGGAGGGCGAGUACAGCGGCAUCGAACACGUGAUCGUGGAGGGCGUCGUCCAGAGCAUCAAGCUGAUCACGGAGGACGCCAGCAGACGCAUCGCUGAGUACGCCUUCGAGUACGCCCGAAACAACCAGAGGAGCAGCGUGACGGCCGUCCACAAGGCCAACAUCAUGCGGAUGUCAGACGGUCUGUUCCUGAGAAAGUGUCGUGAAGUGGCAGAAACCUACAAAGACAUCAAGUUCACAGAGAUGUACCUGGACACGGUGUGUCUGAACAUGGUUCAGGAUCCGACGCAGUUUGACGUCCUGGUGAUGCCCAACCUGUACGGAGACAUUCUCAGUGACCUGUGUGCCGGUCUGAUUGGAGGACUCGGCGUGACGCCCAGCGGGAACAUCGGUGCCAACGGAGUCGCCAUCUUUGAAUCGGUCCACGGCACCGCCCCCGACAUCGCCGGGCUGGACUUGGCCAACCCGACCGCUCUGUUGCUCAGCGCCGUCAUGAUGCUGCGACACAUGGGGCACCAUGAGCACGCCACCCGGAUCCAGACCGCCUGCUUCGACACCAUCAGGGACAAGAAGGUGUUGACCGGAGAUCUGGGAGGAAGCUCCAAGUGUUCAGAGUUCACAGCCGAUAUCUGCCAUCGCAUCCAGGACCUGGACUGAGGAGGCGGAGUCUCUUCUCUCUCUCCCCCCACCCCCCCUCUGUACUUACUUAAAGAAACUAUAUUUUUCUGAGGGAGGGGGCGGGGCUUGUUCUGCAGCUGCCUGACUUAAGGAAACGCUCUCAGCUAAAAUACGCACAAGCGUCACAUGACCAAGGUAUCGUGACUUUAAUAUCAGCACUGUUUGUCCUCAUAUUUGAUAUUUUUUAACGGUAAUAGUUAUUUAUUGUUUUCUGUCUCUGCUGCUCUUCUUCAUAAAGUAUAAAAAGAUAACGUC